AUGGCAAGGCCAACUGCUGGCAAAUAUCGAGGAGCGGCUGUAGCCGCACGGAACAACAAUAAUAACACAACUGUUGGCUACGGCGGCCAGAAAGGGGGGGCCGUGAACGAUGACGGUGCUCACCACGACCCGGCUCUCGAUAUCGUUGAAAGCCACAAGAUGGAGGCCGAGAAGUGGCUUGGCGAAGAGCAGAAGAGAUCAAAUUUAUCCUAUCUGAAGGAGGGCCAUCAGUACGCUCCGUGGAACUGCUCCAAAAAGGACGGCACCAUACCGAUUGCGCAUCUCGAGAGCGCGCUCAAGGAAUACAAGCGGCGAUUCAGUGAUGGUUCAAAUCAAGCAAAUACUGCGACACCUGCGGUGUUGCUCGUUGCGACUGGUGUAAGCAAAGAAUGGAUGCCGGGUGAAGAAGUUGGAAAGACGCGUUUCUUGCUCUUUCCCAAACUUGGUGCUGCCAAGACAUCGGCUCUGUUCAUAACGUAUAUGCCCGGUCCUGAGCAUGGAGCUGUUGACUCCUGGUUUGUUGCUAUGCUGAGUGUCUGGCAUACUACAAACGAGUCUUUGCGGAGGUAUUUGUCCUAUGGAGGUCUCAGCACCGGAGGAUACGGUUGCUUCCAGCCAGAUAAACGUGUUUUUCCUUUCAAGGAGAACCGAGAUCACAACGGCCGAGACGCAGACAGUGCAAACAAGAAUAAUCCAUACUCGCGGUUCAUUUGGGAGAUUGAGUACGACAAUAGAGACCCAGUCCAGAUCAGGGAGCGUGGACGGGCCUACAUGACACCCAAUUAUGUUCGGUUGUUUCUGGCCAUGAAGUUAUACCCACCUUCGCGUGGUGGGACGUACGAAGCUGCCGCUGUGCUCUGGGGAAAGGCAGACGAAGACAGCGAUACGAUCACUGUCAUGAAAGCAGUUAGUUUUGGCACUCAAGAUCUCUCAGACGACCACAAGCAGGAUUUCUUCCAGCAAAGGGCCGAUCGGCUUGUCAGUGUCGAUGUGAACCGCUGGGAAAACGCACCGAACAAUGAGGCAGCAUGGUCGAUCACUUUGCCUUUACGUGGAUUUUUGUUCAAGGUGAGCAAGGGGGCACCAGGAGAAAACGGAACCACCGAAUACGUUCUAGACGAUCUAGAGGUUGGCGCCGUCGAAGACUUUGUCAUUGACCUUGGGAGAGCGGCGAGAGAAUAUGAAAAUCAGGUACUGGAAUAG